GUUUACGAGCUCUGGAAGAGACGCCCGUCAUUUACCAUUCCAAACGUCGCAGGUAGACAACCACCAACGCCAACUUAGCCAUCGCACUGCAGGCUCCCGAAAAUAAUCACGUUCGUUUUCCAGCACCGCUUCCUCGUCGAGCCACGCCAUUCUUUUUUCCUGCAAUAGCGAGCCAUCUUAAACAACAACGCUCACCCUUUCGUCGCACCAAGGGGCAACCUGUGACACGGCGCGCAACUCGCCGCUGAUUGCGCAUAACAACACCUCUCUGCGGGAAAAUCCCUCGUCCCAACCUCGCCCAGUUUCUUCAAAACAGCCGAUUCUUGAUCUUGGAAAUCUGCGUACUAUCACGAUGGCGGGCGAGAAAGAUGUGGCGACGCCGUCGCCCCAGCCAGACCUGCUGAGGAACAGACUUCCGACGCUUUUCGAAGUCUUGAGCCGCCGAACUUUACCACCUGUGGACCUAUUCUCGUUUUAUAUUUAUAUGAGAGACCAGCAGCGCUCUGUGGAUUAUUUGGACUUUUGGCUUGAUGUGUCCCAACACAUGUCACUAUGCCGUCACUAUGUCCGCGAACUUCGCCGAUCUGUUCUCGUAGCUACGCCAGAUAUUGAACGCGCCGGAUCGAAGCGCUCAUCUGCCCUUCUUGAGAACAUGGGAGACCUGGAGCCCCGCGUUGCUGGCCCUUCCAUGUACGCCACAGAACAGGAACGAGACCAGGAUGCCCAAAUGUCGGCAUUUCUACGUGAAGAUCAAGCUCAAGAUUCGCCGAUUGGUUCAGGCGUGCGACCCAGCCCUCAGUUCAGCACAUCCCAUGAUGUUACCGACAACAGCUCGCCAGCACAUACUGUUCAGCGCCAGGAUAUUCGAGCAUCCGCGGAGAAAAUCCUUUAUACUUUCCUCCUUCCUGGUGCAGAGAGAGAAAUCACUCUUCCUGGUUCCAUCACGCAGGACGUGACAACUGCUAUUGAAGAGUACGGUCGUGAUGAUCCCGAAGUUUUUGAUGUCGCCAAAGAUUACGUGUUCCAAGCCAUGGAGCGUGAUGCUUUUCCUGGUUUCUUGAGAAUGAAGGCUCUUGGCAACUUGAUUCCUCCGACUUUGAUCCUCCGUCUCAUUGUUGGCCUUUUGUCGCUCUUUGCCGCAUUCUGGGCCGCCUUUGUUCUUAUCUUCCUUGACAAGUCUAGAUCAACUCGAUGCUGGCUUAUUCUUCCCUUCACCGUCGGUGUAUAUUUCCUCGCAUCGUACCAAUACUCCUUGGAUCCUAUCAUGGCACUUGUUGGAUUCAGCGAAUACACGCCAUUCAACUUCUCUCGCAUCCGCGAGCCCUACGUUCGAUCGCUUUUGGCGAAGCGUGCCAUCAUGGUCCUGGCCGUCACUGCUCUAAUCGAUGCUGCACUUUGCCUCCUCUUUAUCCUGGUUCCCGGAAAGAGGUUGUAAACUUGCAAACUACGCUGCCUUGUAUGGAAGCAUUUACGACGGUCAUGACUUUUCUAAAACUUGUACAUUUGGUUUAACAAAGAUACCACGAAUAGGGGAACAAUCUUCCAAGCGGAAGAGCACCUGUCACUAUUGACGUUCCCAGGGAGUUGAUAUUUUGCGUUUUUUCGCAUUUUCAUAUUUGUUACUUUUGAUGUAUACGCGCUCAGCCAGCACACUACAUGUUUCUUUUCUCUGUAUUCAACGCAAGGCAUUAUGCUAUGAUUUCAUAGACGGAGGUAAACUGGAUUAUUUACAACAAAUCUGCAUUCUUAUUCUCAUCAGAACUACCGUAGCAAUGUAUGAAACCUCUUCUUAUGCUCAUCAUAUCUUUACGUUCUAUCAUAUCAUAAUGUUAUGCUUUAUCUAGGUAUAGUCCCGCGGAGGUCAAUAGUCUUCUGACGUUUUAUAUCUUGCGCUUGCUCCCUCGUGCUCCAAGCUCAGACCACGCUGCAGGGUCAAGAUCCAUGGACCCCUCGUCAGCGGGGUGGCCAGCACCCUCGAACAUAGAUCGUUUGUUCAUUCCAUGGCGGGGGAGUACAUCCCGGCCUCCCUGGCCGAGCUUACCCAAAGCUUGGAGUCCCUCCAUUUGCCGUUUCAACUUCUCGUCAGCUGUUCGUUGUUCUUUCUCCCUCGUAGUGGCUGCUGAGCGAAUGGUCUCCGAAUGGGCCUCGAUAUCGGCAAUCGUGGAUGUGCAGAGGCUAGACCAGCCUUUAAGAGCUGCGAUCAUUGCAGGAACAGACCCCGGCGGAAGAUCACGCAGUGGUGCAAUUCUGGUAACCUGAACAGCUUCUCUUGCCGGAUCAAGAGUAGCCUCUAACAAGCCAGCAUAAAUGGCAGUGAUUACGAGAUCCUCGACUUCUCUUGCCGAAGACAAGUUGAGAUGUCUCUUUAGAGAUGUGUAUGAAAGCUUCGUUCGAUCGCUAGCGAGUGUAAGAAGAGAGAGUUGGCGAAGCUUUAGUGUUUGAGCUUCGUUUAACGCAGGAAGAUUUUGGGCGGCCGAAUAUGAUUCGAAUGUGCCGUACGAGAAGAUUUGCAGAAGUGAUAAGUGAGAGGAGAAUUCGGAAGACGAUGAUAGUGCCUGUAUCUGAGGAGUUUGGAGAAGUUCGGCAAAAACAUAUGUGUUUGGGGCAGAUGUCGCUCGGAUGAUUAGAUCGGCAGCAGCACGUGGCGAAGAGGCGGAUUUCGAGAGUGCGAGAAACGGCUAGAUAGGGAUAUAAGAAUAAAGCAAUUAGAAUUUAGGGUAUCCCAAGUCGUACCUCCAAAGCGUUUAACGCCUUUGUUUGCUCCAUUAUGUCUGCUGGCUAGCUUUGAUACGGUGAUAAAGCAGCAUUCAGCGGGGGGAUUGGUUGGGGUGCAACGUCGACGACAGAUACAAAGAAUCGUGUACAAUUAUCAGAUCUCUUUAAUUACGAUGAUUCUGGUUCUGGUUAUGUAUUGGCGGGAGUUGUGUGAUGACAGGCGUCGAGUGAGGAGUUACACGCAGUUGGAG